AUGUCGGAACGCGAGCUGGAAAAGGCACUCGAGAAUCAUCACAAGCCAUCUUCAGAGAAGGAGGGGAACCCCGACAAUGGUGGCACCGCCGACGCCCCCAUCAUCCCAGACACGCGGGUUGAGCAGGCGGAGAGGCAACAUGCCGCCGUCGAGAAGGAGAGUGUUCGCUCCGACGGAAAGCGCGAGCUGAAGGAAUAUGAAUGUUACGAGCAGCUGGGAUACUGUUGGCCGACGUGGAAGAAAUGGACGUAUCUUGUUGCGGUCGCCUUUGUGCAGGUGUCCAUGAACUUCAACACCUCUGUCUUCCCCAAUGCUGUCGCGCCUCUCUCGGAAGCCUUCCAUAUCAGCGAGCAGCAUGCGCGAACGGCCCAGAUGGCAUAUCUGGUUACGUAUUCGGUUGGAUGUGAGCUGUGGGCGCCGUGGAGUGAGGAGUUUGGCCGGUGGCCCAUCCUGCAGCUCUCCAUGUUCCUCAUCAACAUCUGGCAGAUCCCCUGUGCGUUGGCGCCUAACUGGGGGACUAUCGUUGUCUGCCGCGCUCUUGGUGGUCUGUCGACGGCCGGUGGCAGUGUGACGCUCGGUCUGAUUGCCGAUCUGUACGAGAAGGAGACGCAGCAGUUCCCCCUCGCCUUCAUCGUCCUGUCGUCGUGCAUUGGAACCAGUAUCGGCGGUGUCAUUGGCGGUCCCAUCCAGCGCUUCCUCCACUGGAAAUGGUUCUUCUGGAUCCAGCUCAUCUUCGGCGGCGUCACUCAGGCCAUCAUCUUCUUCAUGCCCGAGAGUCGAUCGACCAUUAUCAUGGACCACGUCGCUAAGAAGAUGCGCAAGACCGGCGAGGACCCCAACGUCUACGGGCCCAACGAGCUCAAGAAGCCCCGUGUCUCGGCCAAGGAGGCCUUCCAUAUCUGGAUCCGGCCUUUCCACAUGCUGCUUACCGAGCCGAUCGUCUUCUGUCUGUCGCUGCUGUCCGGUUUCUCCGAUGCGCUUAUCUUCACUUUCCUCGAGAGCUUUGCCAUCGUCUACGAGCAGGGCUGGGGGUUCGGCAUCCUGGGCCAGGCGUGGGCCGUCAUUCCCAUCAACGCGGCAUACUUCAUCGCCUACGUCAGCUAUCUCCCGUGGUUCCUGCGCGACAAACACCACCGCAAGAAGAUGGGCGGGGACGACAUGGCGCCCGAGCGUCGUCUGAAGUGGCUGCUCUGGCUGGCUCCCCUCGAACCGAUCGGGCUGUUUGGCUUCGCAUGGACCUCGUUCGGCAAAGAGCGCGGCAUCCCCUGGAUUGCGUCGAUGAUCUUCUCGACCUGUGUCGGUAUCGCCAACUACGCCAUCUACUUGUCGUCGGUUGAUUACAUGGUCGCUGCGUACGGUGUCUACUCGGCCUCAGCCACCGGUGGCAACGCUUUCGCUCGAGACCUGCUCGCCGGUAUCUCGGCCAUGUAUGCCACGCCCAUGUACACCAACAUCGGCGACAAGUGGCACGUCGAGUAUGCGUCGACUGUCCUGGCCUGUCUGUCGUGUCUAGUGGUGCUUCCAAUCUACGUUUUCUACUGGAAGGGCCCGCAGAUCCGCGCUCACAGCAAGUUCGCCCAAGCCCUCGAGGCCGAGAACAAGACCAACCAGGGUCGUCGUGUUAGCAGGAUGAGCAGCACGAGCGGGGGAUGGGGGUCUGUCUAG